AUUUAUAGGAUGGGAGUGUACUGACAGUGUUCCAGGGAUAAUUGAAGAACGGUUUCAUUUGCCAUCAAAUAAUGCCCCAAAAAUGAGUCUUAGUGAUGAACAAGCUAUGUCACCUGGAAAAUCAUCUGAUACUUGCAAUCCAGGGAAAAAAACAUGGUAUGUCACUUAUCCUCCAUCACAACCUCCUAAUCAAGGACAAAAUCUUGAAAUAACAAUUAAGUUACAAAAAAUGAAUGAAGAGUUUGCUGACCUUUUUUAUCAAACAAGAAAAGCCCUCGAGGAGCUUCAUCUUUCUGACAUCAUUGAAUAUAUUGAAGCUCAUGUCAUCUCAGUACUCAGUCCAAAUGAUCAAACACUUAAAAACAAGGAGCUGGUGAGAAAGAAAUUUAAUGAAAGUGAAGAUGCACGGCAAUUGUUUUAUGUUCUUGAAAAACAUGUGUCCUGGUUUAACUAUUCAUUUAUACUCAAAAUUGUCAAAGUUUUCCUUCAAGAAAACAAAUCUCUGAAGGAAAGUUGGUCUUCCUAUGACAAUGAAAUACAAGAAUAUUUCAUGAAAGGUGAAGGCCAG